GUUGCCGGAAGAAGUGGCGAAGUUACUUUUUCUCCUUGUUUUUGCGGUGUUGGGGACCGAACCCAGGGCUUCGCGCACUCUAGGCAAGAUACAAGCCCCCCCCCCAAGUUACUUUUGAGAGGACCCGGUAGUGGUGGCCUGUCAGGUGCUGCUGCGGAGGAGAAGCAGAGCCAGGGACGGAGCUCGCACCUCCCCCGGAUGUUUCCAGGGCAACGGGAGCAGAAGACCUAGCGAAAGGCUGCCCAUUAGACCCCGGCGCGCAGCCAUGAGCCCCGCCUCCCACUGGUGCUCGGAGAGGGGCGGGACCUGGAGCGAGACCGCCUCGUGACCCCACCAUGUCUUCCCCCACCACGAGUUCCGUGGACAGUGCCCAGCCCGGAAAUGCCCCCCCUCAGCCCAGCACCUCCUCCUCUUCACCCACUAUAAAGAAAGAGGGCCCUGAGCCGUGGCUCGAGGGUCCGGACCCUGAUGUCCCAGGCACCAAUGGGGCCAGCUCGGCCUGCAUCGUGGACUUGCUGGCCCUGGCUGUACGCAUCUCCUCCUGUCACGCUGUGUCCUCUGGCUCUGCCUUGGGACGGCUCGUGGACCUGCGCCCUGGCUGCUGUCUCUUUGUGGCUCUUUCUCACGGUCUUUGUCUGCCCAUCCCAGUCAUCCUAGAACCAGAUGAGGAGCCCGAGCCAGAGCGCAAGCGAAAGAAGGGCCCAGCUCCAAAGAUGCUGGGCCACGAGCUCUGCCGCGUGUGUGGGGACAAGGCCUCUGGCUUCCACUACAAUGUGCUGAGCUGCGAAGGCUGCAAAGGCUUCUUUCGGCGCAGCGUGGUCCAUGGUGGAGCAGGGCGCUACGUCUGCCGGGGCGGUGGAACCUGCCAAAUGGAUGCCUUCAUGCGGCGCAAGUGCCAGCAGUGCCGGCUGCGCAAGUGCAAGGAGGCGGGGAUGAGGGAGCAGUGUGUCCUCUCGGAAGAACAGAUCCGGAAGAAGAAGAUUCAGAAGCAGCAGCAGCAGCAGUCACCUGUGGAGCCAAAGGGCAGUGGCAGCUCAGCCUGCGGGCCUGGGGCGUCCCUGGGAGGGUCCGAGCUGGGUGGCCAGGGCCCCGGCGAAGGCGAAGGUGUCCAGUUAACAGCAGCCCAGGAGCUCAUGAUCCAGCAGUUGGUGGCAGCCCAGCUGCAGUGCAACAAACGCUCCUUCUCUGACCAGCCCAAAGUCACGCCCUGGCCCCUGGGUGCAGACCCGCAGUCCCGUGAUGCCCGCCAGCAGCGCUUCGCCCACUUCACGGAGCUGGCCAUCAUCUCGGUCCAGGAGAUCGUGGACUUUGCCAAACAGGUGCCUGGCUUCCUGCAGCUGGGCCGCGAGGACCAGAUCGCCCUCCUGAAGGCGUCCACCAUCGAGAUCAUGCUCCUGGAGACAGCCCGGCGCUACAACCAUGAGACAGAGUGCAUCACCUUUCUGAAGGACUUCACCUACAGCAAGGAUGACUUCCACCGCGCAGGCCUGCAGGUGGAGUUCAUCAACCCCAUCUUCGAGUUCUCAAGAGCCAUGCGGCGGCUGGGCCUAGACGACGCUGAGUACGCCCUGCUUAUUGCUAUCAACAUCUUCUCUGCUGACCGCCCCAACGUGCAGGAGCCCAGCCGCGUGGAGGCGCUACAGCAGCCCUAUGUGGAGGCGCUGCUGUCCUACACGCGCAUCAAGAGGCCGCAGCAGGACCAGCUCCGCUUCCCUCGAAUGCUGAUGAAGCUUGUGAGCCUGCGAACGCUCAGCUCUGUGCACUCAGAGCAGGUCUUCGCCCUGCGGCUGCAGGACAAGAAGCUGCCGCCUCUGCUCUCAGAGAUCUGGGACGUCCACGAGUAGCCUUGCCCAACACCCUUCCAGGGACAGAUGCUGUCACCCUUCUUCAUCCAGGGUGGGAAGGGGCCUGGGCCAGCCUGUUGGUCCCGCCUUGUGGCCUUCAGGAUGAGUCUCAGGGUCCAAGAGUUGCCUUUCCGGCCCACUGAGUCUUCCAGGAAGGGUGAUGGGUCCCAAAUCCUGACCUCUGACCUCUCCCACUCCACCCAGCUUACACCUCCAGCCCGUACACAGUGCACCUUGGACAGAGGGAGGGUGGGCUGGGGCCCCACCCUGGGAGGCCACAGGAGCCAUCCUCUGGUCCUUUUAUUUAAUAAAAACUAAAAGCAAGACAAAAA